GAAGACGAAGAAGGGUAUUUGUGACAAGUUUUCAUUCGGACCCGACGGCCAUUAUACCUUUCCUCGUGUCUCUUGUACUAAAGGUAUUACUUAGUUUGUCAUACUCGCACGUAAUCGUCAUUCUUUUGUGUUGGUAGUGCUAAUACCAACAAAAGAAAAGGGAAGAAGAAAGAAGAGAAAGAAAUAGUACUAGUAAUUAGUCAGUGUUACACCCUUAUCGUCCAUUUCGUGCGGUCCCACACAAGAAACGUGAAGUUCGAAAGCAAGUUCUGGUCCAAUUACUACCACUACCACUACUACCACCACUACUACUACUUCUUCUUUACCACUUGCACUGUCUUCUGGCAAACUACCCGCUAAGAAAGGCUAACACGAUCUAUCGGAACAAUGGUAGACGUAGACCAAUUAGAAGAAGUCACGGUAAUGUUACCUGAAGAAAAGAUCCAGGAAUAUCGCGAUAUUUUUUCGUUUUUCGACCGAGAUGGAGGCGGGACUAUAACCAGUGUGGAACUCGGACAAGUCAUGAGAACAUUUGGAUGGAGUCCCACCGAGGGGGACCUUCAAGAAAUGAUCAAUGAGAUCGACCAAGACGGCAACGGGUGCAUAAGUUUCAACGAGUUCGUGUAUUUGAUGACCAAAAAUGUUCAUGAAGAUGGUGACAUAGAAGAAGAGAUCAGAGAGGCAUUCAGGGUUUUUGACCGUGAAGGUCAUGGGAACUAUUAUACCUCCCUAUCUCUGUCAAUGCUGACUACCCUAGGAGAUAACUUCCAAGAGGAGAGCGAGGAGCUGAUUAGUGAGGCCGAUAUCGAUGGGGACGGCAAUGUGAACUAUGAAGAAUUCGUCACCAUGCUCCUUCAUAAAAACCUGGACAACCAAUCAUCAGCACAAUAAUGCCGCAGGACCACAGCAGGGGCGCUUCAGCUCCAAAUGCGUCCAAUCUGGCGGCCUGAGCACAUCCAAAUGUUAGAACUGAACUGAAAAAAUGUCCUACCAAAUUAGUAUGCUGAAGAUAUAUUGCAUUUAGUCACCCAAU